UGAAUUUAUUUUAUUUCUGUAAAACUAAGAAACCGGAUUUUUUUUCCUAUUUUUCCCUUAAAAACAUGAUUCGUCAAAAGUCAAAGAAAACCGUUGAGGACCUUUACAUGGCAGUUCCACCCCCAACACUUUUUGCAGGAACGACGCGAUUCGAUGAUGAUUCAAAACCAAAUUCAAAACCUAAUAACAAAAUAAACGGAAAAACUGAUCUUUGCUUUCCCAAUACUGUAUUGCACCGAAAGAAAACAAAAGGAAAAAAAAAUGUAGAGAAAAAGGAUGAAAAUGAAGAAAUUUUACUAGGAAGGUGUAAAAUGACAAAUGAAUUUGGCACAGAAACUAAAUUUUUUGAAGAAAAAGAAAAGGAUGAGGGCACAGAUGAAUUCCUUUCCCUGAUCAAAGAGACUGUUGAAGGAGCUGUGGAAAAAUCACUGCAGGAUAUGGUUGCCAGAAGCUUGAGGGAUAUGCGUAUUAAAUUGGAUGAAAUUCAAGAACGAGUUGACGCUUACGGAAAAUCGUUGGAAAAGAUUCAGUCUGAAUUGGGAAAUAAAAUAAUUCAUUACGGAGAGGAAAACUCAAGGCACUUCCGAUACCUAUGCAUGAAAUCAGAAUACGACAAAAUGUUUUAUCAGAAUCAAAAUGCCAUGAAUGCUCUUUCCUUCGAUGCUAGACAAAACGUAUCUAAUUCACUACCAUCACAUUUAACCACUCAUAUUAAAGAUCAGACAACCCAUCGGCCUAAACAAAUACCGCAACCUAUUCAACCAGAAGCAAUAUUUUUAUCAAAACCACGCCAAAAUUCCAACCAAACAAUUGUCAUUGAUUUUGAUUGUGCACAACAAUCAAAGUUAAGUGGUACUUCUAAGUCAUCGGAUAUGGGUGUCCGGGAGGUGAAGGAUUUAUUGGAGCAAUUGCAGAAAUUUUAUGAUGAACAUAAUCAUAAAAAGGAUGACAAGAAAGAUUCAUCUAUAAGUGGAAAGUUGAACAUUCCCGAUCAAGACGAUAGUGCGGAUGGCGAUGAAGAUGAUGAGACUUCUGAUGACAUGACUUCAGAAAGCAUCGAAGAAAAUAUUAGAGCUGGCGGGGAUUCUUAAAACAUUUAUUUUGAUACGAAUAUUAAACUUCCAUUUUGAAAAUAUGCAUGAAUAUGUAA